GCAGUAGCGCGUCAGCUGAAGCUAAACGCCGGUCAGAAAAAUGUAAAGAUGGAGAAAAUCUAAUAUUAAUUGCGCAGUGCUUGUAGAGAUUAGCCGACGCAGAUACAAAGCAGUACAGCAGUAACAAGGCUGUGAAAAUGGACACAAGAGCCUUGAGGAAUCCGUAUCCUGACUAUGAUGGGAGCUCUGCUUCCACACAGACGUUGUUUGACUCUCAGGGAAAGCUCACAUCAGAGUUUUCCCAGCGGCUGAGAAGCAAGGUCGGUGAGCUUUUAGCUAUCAUGGAAAAUGGGCUGAAGUCUGCAGAUCCAAGGAACUGCACCACUUACACUGGCUGGGCAGGUAUUGCUCUGCUCUACCUGCAUCUCCACAGUGUGUUGAAGGAUGACUCCUUCCUUCAGAAAGCACUAGAGUAUGUCAGCCGCAGUUUGAAAUGUUUGACCCGACAUCAUGACGUCACCUUCCUCUGUGGGGAUGCAGGUCCCCUGGCCGUGGCUGCUGUGGUCUACUACCGCCUGCAGAGGGGACAAGAGAGUGAUGAGUGCAUCACCAGACUGCUGCAGUAUCACAAGGCUGUGGUGAAAGGCUCAGGUGGGCUACCAGAUGAGCUGCUUUAUGGGCGGAUGGGAUACCUCUACUCUCUUGUCUUCAUCAGCCAACAGCUGGGCCAAGACAGGGUCCCGCUGCAGUACAUCCAGCAGAUCACCGAGGCUGUAUUGGCAUCAGGCGAGCACAUAAGCAGGAAGUUUAAGAUCCAGAACCAGAGCCCUCUGAUGUAUGAGUGGUACCAGGAGCAGUAUGUUGGCGCCGCCCAUGGCCUGGCUGGCAUCUACUACUUCCUCAUGCAGCCAGGCUUCGUCUCUGUGGAGGAGCACAUACACAGGCUGGUGAAGCCCAGCGUCGACCACGUCUGCCAUCUUAAGUUCCCCUCAGGAAACUACCCUCCCUGCAUCGGAGAUGAUCGAGACCUGCUGGUGCAUUGGUGCCACGGAUCGCCAGGGGUAAUCUACAUGCUCCUGCAGGCUUACAAGGUGUUCCAUGUUCCUCAGUACCUGGAAGACGCCCUGCAGUGUGGAGAGGUGGUGUGGCGGUGGGGUUUGCUGAAGAAGGGCUACGGCCUGUGUCAUGGUGCGGCGGGUAACGCCUACGCCUUCCUGGCUCUCUACCAGCAAACGCAGGACCCCAGGCACCUUUACAGAGCCUGCAUGUUUGCAGACUGGUGUAUGAACUAUGGCAAACACGGAUGCCGAACACCAGAUACUCCCUUCUCACUUUUUGAAGGCAUGGCAGGCACCAUCUAUUUCCUCGCCGACCUACUGCAGCCUUUGAAAGCUAGGUUCCCGGCCUUUGAGAUUUAAAGGCUCUUUGACAGGUAGUCCUCCCCACACACUGCGACAAACACAAGAAGACCUCUACUUGUGCUCUCUUUAUCACAAACGUGCAUGGAAACUGCCUUCAUAUCCAUAAAAAAUGUUGUGGGACUUGAUAAAUUGAGUCUUGAGGCUGACUUUGACUCCUGCUUCACACUUUGUACCAUGUUCUUCCUGCUCUGCUCUACUGGAACGGGACAUGUUAGCAACAGGAUAAAUUCUGUACUCACAUCUCGGCUCAUAACUAUCUUGAAUAUAUGUAAAUAAGCAAAGUGUUUCCAGAGUUUGUAUCUUUUUGUUUGUGUAUAAAUGCAAGUCCUGCUGUUACUCUGAUUGUGAUGCAUUUAAGGUUU